AUGACAUCAAAAUUUUUGGACCAAGAAGAACGCCGUGCCAGAAACGCUCUCUAUGAGAAAAAGAGAAGAAACGAAGCUGCUGAUGCCAUGGCUGAGCUGGCAGAGGCAUUGGAAUGUGAUCCCAAUAUUUCGAAUGCUGAUGUAUUGAAUAAGGCCAUCAAUAAAAUUCAAAAUUCGGCACCAGGACUCUCAGAAGACAUAAGCCAUCUGAAUUGUAUUAAUAAUAAUCUCAUGUACCAAAUAAAUAAAUUGCAACGAAAACUAAAGGGCAGAGUAUGUGUUGAAGAGGAUAUGCAUGUAAACUCAGAUGGACUAGUGAUGCCACAUGAAUCACACGUAGACUCAGCACAUGGAAAUCCUAUAGAUUAUUCGCAGACGGAGCUGUUAUUUGAUAUACCUCUACAAACACAGGACUGGGACUAUAAUACUUUUCAAUACAAAAUGUUUACAAAGUGGAUAAUAUUUGUAACUUUUAUAUUUCAGUUGAAUCAGGAAGCUACAUCGUUUCGCAUCUUAGCACCUCAAUAUGUAUGUCCAAAACUAGAAGACGAUGUGCUUGAGAAACCUGAUAACACUGUAAUCACUUUACUUUCCACAACUACCGAAGCAUUAAAUGUUCAGUGGACGAUACGCUGGAAACCGUUGACAGCGCCAACUCAGCGCUUCACAAUUAUGCUAUGGCGGACAGUGAGAGAGCUUGAAAAGAAAUUGAACGGGCCUCAAAUUGAGCCUAACGUUUAUUUCAUCGAUAAUAACGAUUUACUGCGUGGCGUAGAGUACACAUUCAACGUUUCCGAAAUAAAUACAAAUGGACAUAAAGAAGUACCGAAAUCCUUCAAUAUUGAUAAUUCACAAGGCGAUCAGAAGCUAACAAUAGAAGGUAAAACAGAUAAAUUUUCAGUGAUCCUGCUGGGAAGUCAAGUUGUCUACGUGGAUAUGGAAUUUAUAAUAGAUGCACAAGUAACUUCGUGUGAGAUGACACAAGAUUACUAUUUUGUAUGGACAGUAAAAAGUGAAGUUGGUGAAAACUUUAACUUUUCCCAUAUAAAAGGAUCCAAACUAGUAAUACCCCAGAACUCUCUAAAAGCAGGUUUUAUUUACGAAGCCAGUUGUGAGUUAUACAAAAAGUCUGACCAUACCUUUAUUUUGCAGACGAGCCUUGAAUUCAAAGUGCACCAUCGUGGUAUUGAUGUUUAUCUAAGCUUGGAUGCUGUCGUUAUUGCUGUAAACUCUGCAUUUAAUAUCGAGGGGAUUGUGAUAAAUCAUGAUAACUACGAUAAUUUAUCGCUCCAAUGGAUGUGUUUACACGAAGGGGAGUCAUGUGAUUACUUUGAGUAUAUAGACGACAAUUCGAUUCGAUUCUCAUCAGGAUUUCCGAACACAGGGCAAUAUGUCGUCACUUUCCGUGUUAAUGUAGAGCAAUAUUCUAUUAUUGCCAAUGCUACUAUAAUAGUCAUCGAUUCCGUCUUGCCUGUAUUACAGAUAAGUCCAUUACCAAGAUUACUGAACCAAGGCGGCACUGUGUCUAUAACAGCUACUGGAAGCAAUGUAUCUCCUACCUGCACCCUUGGAUUGUACUUCGCGUCUGAGGAAUUUUUAAACAAUACUAACUCAGUUAUUAACGAUACAUGCGAAUAUUGUCAGCAUGGCGAAGAAUUAACGGAAUCACUAACAGUCAAUUCUCUCGAGGAAAAUUUUCUGAACGAACUGACAGACUUCUCCAAUGACACUGAAUGGCGGCAAAUAACGGUCGAAAUGGCAGCUGCAGCUGGAAGGUUACGUUUCGUUGCCGACUGCGGAUGCUCUUUAACAUACGGCUGUGAUAGAAAAGGGACAGUGUACGCUGAAGUUAAUUUUCAACUUAACGAAAGUCCCAAAAUAGGAGAAGUAAUGGUUUCACCAAAUUCCGGCACGGCCCUAGAAACAAUUUACCGUAUUAGCACAACCGCCGCUAUGGAUCCCGAAGCUCCACUGCGUUAUUCUUUCUUUUGUUGCCUCAGUAAGAAUGAUUCGCUUCUGUUGGGCUCGUACAUGGAAAGUUUUGCUGUUGAGACUCUACUUCCCUAUGUUGAGGGUGGUACCACAGUUUGGGUUGAAGUGUGCGAUUCUCUAGGCGCAUGCUCGUCUAGUAAUGAGUUAACUAUAUAUUUAUCGCCUGGUACGGCUCGUACUAUACCUACACUAAUAAACGAUGUACGUGCCCACGUUUCGCGCUGUGAAAUGUUAAUGCUUCAGCGGGUAGCUGUAUCGGCUAUUGAAACUUACAAUAAUGCAGACCAAAAGGAAGCAUUAACGUAUUUCACGACUGCUUUACUUGAAGAAUUAAAAGACAUGGAGGAAAAUGUCUGUAUUAUAGACAACUUUAGCCAUUUUUCAGAAUUACUGCACUGGCUAAAUAAUGCAGGAGUUGAUACUACAAGUUUAUACACAUAUUAA